ACCAAUGCGGAACGAGCUGUGAGCAUAAGUAACGCUUCCCUCAUUGUGAACGCAUCAUUCGGGAGCUCUCCUUCUGUCUGGACCAUCAUUUCUUUCAGUGUACCUUUGCCGACGCAUAUCAUUCACAAUGGAAGCCUUUAUUGGAACAUGGAGACACGAUGUCUCCAAGAACGAAAACUUAGACGCUUUCUUGAAGGUUUUAGAGGUUCCUGACGCUUUGUUGCCUGCGCUCAAGAAAAGGCAAUAUACCUACAAGAUCUCAAAAAGUGGCGACAAUUGGACGUUUGAGAUGAGCGAUGAGAACGAUCCCAGCCUUUCACCCAAAACCUAUACUGUUAAAGAAAAUCAGGACUAUGAGGUCGUAGAUCUCGAUGGAGUAAAAUACAAGGUCACCAUGAACAUGGACGGCAACAAGAGCACGGAGAAAAUGACCAUGCAUGAAACCGGAUUGGUGGUUAACGUGAGCAGAGUCGUCGAAGGCAACACAAUGAAAGCGGUACACUCGUGCAAGGGAGCGUCAAUGACCGCGUAUUUUGUGAGGUGUUGAGGACAUCAUGAGCACACUACAGUUAAUGCUCCAACAUUUUCUAGGUUGCUUUAAUCUAUAGUCUAGUUUUAACAAUUCAUUCUGUGCUGGUUGGUUUCUCAUUUUUUUCUACAGAUGAUGAAAACAAAAAUAAACUACAAGAUUAUAUCUAGUACACGCUGUGUGAAGUUUUAGAGAUUUUAAACUCGGGUUGAAAUUUGUUUCAUAAAAAAGUAUUAUUACAGAAAACGAAUGACCU